AUGGUAAAAUAUAGAAAAAGGUUUUUUGAAGACCAUGAGAAUGUUGUUGAAGUGUUGUCAGACUGGACUCGAGACAGUGAGAAUAAGAUUCUAUUUUUGGAAAAAAGUGAAAAAUAUGCUUUGUUUAAAAAUCCACAGAUGGAGCAAACGUGUGAUGAUAUAGAUGAAAUGUUCAGCAAUUUACUUGGGGAGAUGGACAUGCUAACCCAGAGUUUAGGAGUGGAGAAUGUACAAACUCCAUCCCCCCAAGUGACCAACAAGGAAUUCAGCUUUACUGUAGGUUUUAAGGAUUUAAACGAAUCUCUAAAUGCCCUAGAGGACAAAGACCUUGAUGCUUUAAUGGCUGACCUUGUAGCAGACAUAAAUGAAGUUGAACAGAGAACUUUACAAGCCCAGAAAAAUACUUCUGGCUACCAGCAAAGUGUGGCCACUCAGCCUCCAACAGGCAUGGAUAAUGACUUUUGUAGUAAAUUAAGUCCCUGUGCUAUCAUUACGGGACAGUUUAAGAACGACUUGCCCCCUCCACCUCCAGCCCCCAAUUUAGACCUUCCACCACCACCACCACCACCUCCUCCCGAACCACUCAGCCAGGAAGAGCAAGAGGCAAGGGCUAAAGCUGACAAAAUUAAACUUGCGUUGGAGAAACUGAAGGAAGCUAAAAUAAAAAAGCUUGUUGUCAAGGUGCACAUGUAUGAUAACAGCACUAAGUCACUAAUGGUGGAUGAACGUCAGGUGACACGGGAUGUUUUAGACAAUCUCUUUGAGAAAACCCAUUGUGACUGCAGUGUGGACUGGUGUCUAUAUGAAGUCUAUCCAGAGCUGCAAAUUGGUAAGUGGUAUAGGAGUAGGGUUAUUUUUGAUAUAUUAUUUUGAUAUAUAUUAUUUUAA